UGGCGCCCCCGUGCAAUAGGAGAUCAUGGGGCCCCUGUGUCCUUGCCCAAACUCAAAAAAGCCUAUGAAAAAGGUACCAGGGGCAUCUCAUGGGGCCCCCUACUGACCCCGGGCCCUCAGGCAGUGCCCAAGUUUCCAAAUGGUCAGUCCGCCCCUAGUUUUGGUGCAGAUGUAAACCGUAACCAGGGGCGGACUGAUAACUCAUGGGGCAAUAGGGGAUCAUGGGGCCCCUGUGUCCUUGCCCAAACUCAAAAAAGCCUAUGAAAAAGGUACCAGGGGCAUCUCAUGGGGCCCCCUACUGACCCCGGGCCCUCAGGCAGUGCCCGAGUUUCCCAAUGGUCAGUCCGCCCCUGACCGUAACCUAAAC